CCAAUACCAAGUGUUUUCCUUGUACUCCCUACCAUAGUUCGCCAACAUGGGCUCCACACCUCGCCCCCGCCAAUUCGCGCUGCACUCUUCGACAUGGACGGCCUCCUUAUCAACUCCGAAGAUCUCUAUACCGAGGUCACCAAUACUCUUCUCGCACGCUACGAUCGUCCCUCCCUCCCGUGGUCCGUAAAAGCACAACUGCAAGGUCGCCCCGGAGCCCAAGCCUACGAGAUCUUCCGCGCCUGGGCCCAGCUCCCCAUCCCCGUGGAGCAAUUCCAGAAGGAGCAGCAGGAGCUGCAAAUGGAGCUUUUUCCUAGGACGAGCUGGCUGCCGGGCGUGGUGGAGCUAUUGGAGGGACUGCAGGAGCGGGGCGUACACAUGGCGCUUGCAACGAGUAGCCAUCGGUUUGGUUAUGAUUUGAAGACGGGACACCUGAAGGAGGUUUUCGAUACAUACUUCAAGGACGAGCACAAAGUGCUGGGAGAUGACAAGAGAAUACCACCGGGAAGAGGAAAGCCAGCGCCGGAUAUUUACCUGCUUGCGUUGUCUACCUUAAACAAGACUCUCGAGGAGCGAGGAGAGAAGCCAUUGCAACCGGAGGAGUGUUUGGUAUUCGAAGACAGUGUACCGGGUGUCGAGUCGGGAAGAAGGGCGGGCUGUCAGGUGGUGUGGUGUCCGCACCCGGGACUGCUGAACGAAUACAAGGGCAAGGAGAAAGAGGUGUUGGCAGGUCUGACUGGAGAACACAAGGAGGAUGAGGAACAACAGCUGGAGCGGACAGAGGUGGAAGUGGAGGAGGGCAAACGGAAAGUAGGCCUGCCUGGAGAGGUGGACGAUGGUUUUGGGAGAUUGCAUGACACACUAGAGAACUUUCCAUUCGACUCCUAUGGUAUCAAGUCGCCGGCUGCAUGAUAAUGGAGGGCCUUCUUUAGACUUGCGUCUACAUCCACAUGAUUCACCAUAGACCUUCAAAUGUUAGAAAUCAAAAUGCCUCCAAAUAGGCUA